GCCACUCACGCUGCCGGGAACUCUGUCCAAUCCUCUUAUUCGUACCAGUUUCCCUUCCCGAUUGACUUCUGGGAGUUUCGGCUAAGGCGUUGUCAUUGGUCACCAGACGGCCAGAUCUCGCCCACGCCCGACGGUAGGCUGUAAGCCCGGCCCCCCAGGCGAGUGACUGACUGUGAAGCUCGGGGCGGAAGGAAGUGGAUCCGAUCCUGUGUCGGUCAGGAACGAGGCUGCGGCGGCCAGACCGGCGCCGAGCUGUUGCCAUGGCAGCUGCCGCCGGGGGCGCGGACGAGGAGCCGCGCUCGGGCCGCUCGAGCUCGGAGGGCGAGUGUGCGGUGGCGCCGGAGCCCCUGACGGGCGGUGUAGGCCUCCUGUCCUUCGUGGGGUCUGCGCUGGGAGAUGGCCCACGUCUCGAGUUCCGGCCGGCCGGCGGGUCCCAGUCCCCGGUGCGCUACCUGCACGUCGUGUGGCAGGAGGAUGCUGAGCCGCGCGGCGAGCUGCGCUGCAAGAUGCCCGCCGGCCGGCUGCGACGAGCCGCCAGGGCCCACCGGCGCUUCGGGCCCAUGGGCAAGGAGACACACGCACUGAAGAGGCUGAGGGACUCUGCCAACGCCAAUGAUGUAGAAACAGUGCAGCAGCUGCUGGAAGAUGGCACGGACCCCUGUGCAGCCGACGACAAGGGACGCACAGCUCUCCACUUUGCCUCCUGCAAUGGCAAUGACCAGAUCGUGCAGCUGCUCCUGGACCACGGGGCCGACCCCAACCAGCGAGACGGGCUGGGGAACACUCCACUCCACCUGGCGGCCUGCACCAGCCAUGUCCCCGUCAUCACCACACUACUCCGAGGAGGGGCCCGUGUGGAUGCCCUGGACCGCGCUGGCCGCACGCCCCUGCACCUGGCCAAGUCAAAGCUAAGCAUCCUGCAGGAAGGCCACUCCCAGUGCCUGGAGGCCGUGCGGCUGGAGGUGAAGCAGAUCAUCCACAUGCUGCGGGAGUACCUGGAGCGCCUGGGGCGCCACGAGCAGCGUGAACGGCUCGAUGACCUGUGCACCCGGCUACAGAUGACCAGCACCAAGGAGCAGGUGGAUGAGGUGACUGACCUGCUAGCCAGCUUCACGUCGCUCAGUUUGCAGAUGCAGAAUAUUGAAAAGAGGUAGCAAGAGGGGACCCUGCCGCUGCCCCUCCCUGUCCCCAGUGCUCUCAUUACUAAGUGACAGCCCCGGGCCCAAGCCCAGGGAACUGCCCUUGUAGGGCCAGAACCUUUGUCCCCACAUGCUGGGGGACAGAAGCAUGAUUUCCAGGACCUCAGAACUGAGCUCACCCCAUCCCACCGCCGCACACCCCACCCCUGCUCUCCAUCCUCUCUGUGAGCUGGGACCAUUAUCCCCCACCUGCUUGUCCGGCUCCUGCAGCAUCGGACUAGUCUCUGAAGCCACACUUGGGUCCUGGGUGACUUGUGACAUGCUGUGUCCCAGUGGGCCUCACACACCUCAUAGCAUCCCAAGAGCUGUCUCUCUCUUCCUUCCCCACAAUAGAACUGUUGUAGUCCACACAACACAGGCUUAGGGUAAACCAAAGACAGCCACCAGGGCCUCCCGGUUGGCCCUAGGCCUGUCACCAACGCCAACACUGAGGCUCGUCCCCUGACCCUGUAGGAGUUUCUGUGUUUGUAAAGGGAGGGUUGGCAGUGCCCAGGCCCUGCCAAACCCAAUGCAGCCUCUUGCCCCUUUCUUCCCAGCCCCUGACCCCCAGGGACUGUGACGGUUGGCAGCCAAGGGACAGGAGGCAGAGAGUGGUCUCUGAAUGUCCAUUAGGAGUUCCAGGGUAUGUGACCCUGGCCGAAGUUGGUGGAGGGACUCUAGCUGUGGAUGUCCCUGAGGUACAGGGCCCCAGGUGUUCGGAUGGGCCGUGCAGUCACCAGGGUCCCAUGGAGGGAAGCAGGAGAUGGGUGAGGAAAGAGGAGUAGGCUGAUUAUCGGAAGCAAGAAACAGAUAUCGCUGCUGGAAGGGGCCGCGAGCCAAGGAGUGCAGGCUGCCUCCAUGAGCCAGGAGAGGCAGAGAAACAAUCGGCUCUGGCCCCACAGAUCCAGAAGAAGCUGACCCUGCUGCCAUUUGGACUACAGCCCUUUGAGAGUGCUUCCAAAAUUCUGCCCUCCAGAGCUGUAAAAAAAUAAAGCUGCGUUCGGGCA